GGGAAAGUUACUACUAAGUUAUUAGUUCAAGUGUGUUUCAUCGGGACAAACAAAAAUGUCGGAUGAUGUAAGAAAAAGCAGAAACGUGAAGACGUACGUCGUGAAACAAACGAAAUUUGCAAUAUGUGUAAUUCUUGGAAACUUGAUGUCCGGAUACUCCAUCGGCUGGUCUGCACCCAUCGCCCCAAAACUCAAGGAUCCAGAGCAGAGCCCCUUCUCUUACCCAAUAUCGGACACAGAAGUGUCAUGGGUAGUCACUUGUUUCAUUCUGGGUGCAUUACCAGGAACCAACGCUGCUGGUUACAUAGCAAACAUAAUAGGCCGAAAAUCCUGCAUGCUCCUAUUCAGCUGCACCCACUUGGCUGGUUACAUGAUCAUAGCCAACGCUUGGAGCUAUGCCGCUGUCCUUGCUGGUAGGACCUUGGCUGGAUUGGCUGGAGCUCUGACCAUUCUUAACUUAAUCUACAUUGGAGAGAUAGCAUCGCCCGACAUCAGAGGUUCUCUCCUAGCCCUGACCUGUACGUUCCACGUGCUUGGAACACUAGUGGUCUACUCCGUCGGGCCGUAUGUGUCGUUCAAAGCCGUCUGCUACGUGUGUGUGGGCCUUAACUGUGCCCAUUUGACAGCGAUAUUUUGUAUUCCGGAAUCACCGGUAUAUUAUCUGAUAAAAGGCAAAGAAGAAGAAGCUAAAGCAACACUUCUAAAAUUGGGACGAAGUGAAGAUAUUGACAAAGAACUGCGACCCAACACUGAAGACGCUGACGAAAAGUUGAUGCCUCCAGCGAAACACAAAUCAGAAACAUCAUAUUGGAAACAAUUGAUAUCAGAAAAGAAGAACAGAAAAGCUUUCUUGAUAACUACAGCACUUUUCUGCUUCCAAGUCAGCGGAGGGGCUUUGGCUGUUGUGUUCUUCGCAACGACGAUAUUCAAAAACGCUCAGUCAUCGGUGGAUCCUAGUGUUGGAACAAUUAUUCUUGGCUUAACAGAACUGUGUGGGGUGAUGAUGACUCCUUCGUUGAUUGAAAGAUGUGGCAGACGGGUUUUGUUGCUUGUGUCUACCGGCAGUUGCUCUUUGGCUAUGGGUUUACUUGGAACAUAUUUCUACCUGGAAGUAAAAGAAGUGUCCAUAAUCUCUUCAAUUCGGUGGCUCCCUCUUGUGUUAUUGGUUAUAUGCCUCUUUGCUUUCAACAUAGGUCUCGGGAUAGUUCCAAACACCCUAACAGGAGAAAUGUACAGCCCUGCUCUCCGCGGAUCAGGUUCUGCAAUCUCAAUCACCAUAGCCUGGUCACUAGCUGCCAUCCUUGGCUCCAGCUUUGGCUACAUUGUAGCGGCGCUGCAGAAUCAUGGCGUCUUUUGGCUGUAUUCAGCUAUUAAUACUGCUGGGUUCUUGUUUACGGCGUUCGUGGUGCCAGAGACAAGAGGGAAGACGUUAAUGGAGAUUGGUUAUAUGCUGGAAAUCCAGUACAAAAAUCCGAACGUACAAGUCGCGACGUUGAAAAAUCUGACGCCGUCGCCUUUCAUCAAGUGUUAUUUUGAAGACGGCCGGCAAGUAUUGAUAGAUAUUGACAAUAAGAGUAAAGAAGAUGUUUUAGAGCACUUAUUGAAUACUGUAGGGAAGAGUAAGGAGGUGUUGGAAGCGGAGGCGGUGGCUGCGGAGAAGAAGGACAACCCGGCGAACUUCGGUGUGGGGUGUGAGCGAGCUUGCAUGUUAUAUAUCGGCCAGAUGAUAGUUGGCAUCAGCAUCGGGUGGUCUUCCGCUGUGUUUCAAAAGCUUCUGGACCCGGAUGAUUCUCCUAUCUCUACUCAUAUCACACCAUCUUUGAUGUCUUUGAUUUCCUCGCUACCUUACAUAGGAAGUAUUAUUGGUUCCUAUAUCACUGGUUACCUUUCAAACAUCAUCGGUCGAAAACCAUGUCUGUUAUUUGGUGGCAUCAUCACAGCUCUCUCCUUCAUCCUCGUCAUCUGCACUCGUAACUUGGCCAUGAUUUAUGCUUUGAGAAUCAUCCAGGGGUUCGGGAUUGGAAUCAUCACUGUUGGCAAUAUUGUCUAUAUUGGAGAAAUAGCAUCAAAAAACAUUAGAGGGAUUCUCCUUACUGUUCUUGGAAUUGCUAGUAAUCUGGGUACUCAAAUCAUUAUCUUAGUGGGUCCAUUCGUAUCAUAUGCAGUCACUGGGUGGCUUGGCUUGGGACUUACAAUAAUAUUUGUCGGCUCUAUGCUACGGAUUCCGGAGUCUCCGAUAUUCUAUUUGAUAAAAGAUAAAGAAGAUGAAGCUAAACAAAUCUUCAUAGACCUUGGAAGAGACCAAGAAUUCAAAGAAUACUUAGCAUCAAAAGUCGAAGAGAAAGAACACAAAAAUGGCGCUGCAUGUAAAGAAUUGUUCACAAUAAAAUCAAACAGAAAAGCUCUGUUCAUCAUAUUAAUGCUUGUCAUAUUCCGGGCGAUGACUGGGACAGUGGCCACGAUGUUUUUUGCUAUUUCUAUAUUUGAAUUGGCUGGAUUGUUAGUUACUCCUCAUGUAUCGAUUAUUAUUAUUCAAUUUACACAGCUUGGUUCUAGUUGUUUGACUCCAUUCUUUGUAGAAUGGUCUGGAAGAAAAACGUUGUUGCUUUUAUCAACGGCUGUCUGCGGUAUGAGCGUAGCUGUGCUGGGUACCUACUUCUAUUUUUCUGGAAUUGGAUAUGCACUAGAGAAUGUCGGCUGGCUACCGCUUUUCGCUGUGAUUUUAUACUUCAUGUUUUAUGGCUUAGGUUUCGGCAUAAUUCCUGAGACCCUUACCGGCGAGAUGUUCAGCGCCAAUGUUCGCAGCGCCGGCGCAGCCGUCACUAUCACAACCUCCUGGAUCGUCGGCUUCGUCGUAUCAUCACUGUUCGGCUACAUGAUGGCCUCGGGCGCGCAUUCUAUCUUCUGGAUGUUCACCGCGGCUUGCGCGUGCGCGUGUCUGUUCACGGCGCGCUGUGUGCCCGAGACGAAGGGAAAGAGCUUGUUGGAGAUACAGCAGAUGAUGGAGUAACUGUGGAGGAUAAAGAUUUCUUACUGUGUUUUUUUUUUGCUAAACUUUAUCUAGAAUCACUAUUAACCUUAUAAUUUUUAAAAGCACCUAUCUAUUUCUAUACCAUUUUGUCGUUUUUCGUGUUCGCCUAUAAUUGUAUAGACACUUAUUCAUGUAUCUUUUAGCUAUAUAUCUGUAAAAUUGAUCUAGUAUUGUACUAUUGGUGAACUUUCAACAAAUAAAAAUUAAAUAAGAA